AUGACAUACAUACACUACCCCAACUACCGGAUGUAUUGGGCAUCAUUACCUUCACUCCGGAUGGACUUGAUUGCCGAUAUUAUGCCCCUAAAACGCUUUGAAAAAAUCAAAAGGUUCCUUCACUUUGUUGACAACGAUACUAUUCCUAAGGAUAACAAAGACAUUUUUGUCAAGUUGAGACCGGUACUUGACAUCCUUGCAAGAACCUUUCAGGAAGUAAUGACUCCUCCGGAAUAUUUGGCAGUGGAUGAGGCUGUUAUCCCAUUCAAAGGGCGUUCACGAGGGAAACAAUACCUAAAGAAGAAACCCAAAAAGUGGGGAUUUAAGGUUUGGGUAUUGGCUGCGUCCAAUGAAUAUGUAUCCAAAUUUGAAUUGUACCAAGGAAAAGGAGAUGAGGCUGGAACAGAUCUUGGUAUAAUAAGUGAUACGGUCCUAAGAAUGUGCUCAGGAAUUGGUGGCUUAAACCACAAACUUUUUCUUGAUAAUCUGUUUGUUAGCUAUAAGCUUCUAAAAAGACUGGUGGAAAAUGACAUCCAUGUUGUAGGAGUAGUAAGAUCUGACAGGCUUUACGUAGCCAAUUCUGUCCUACCAGGGGCCAAAGAUUUUUCAAAAGAAGAAAGAGGACAGAUGAAUGUUGCUACUUCUGAAGACAAUAUUACCAUAGUACAGUGGAAAGACACAGGAGUGGUUUACGUAAGUUCAACGUAUGCAGGUAUCGAGCCCAAAGAUAAAGCAGAGAGGUGGGACAAAGUGGCUAAAAAAUACAUCAUGGUGGACAGACCCCACUGUGUGGCCAUAUACAAUCAAUUCAUGGGAGGAGUGGACCUCAGUGACAGGAUGGUUGCUCACUACCCUCAUGCUAUGAAAAGCAAACGAUUUUAUCUUCGGAUUUUCUUAACGUUGCUAUGGUUAAUGCAUGGAUUGUUCUAA